GCGAUCCCCCGUGUAAGAGUGAGGUGGAGGAGGACAUUCCAGUCCAUGUGACCACAGAAAAUCCCUGUGAGAAGCCUGAAGGAAACAUCAUGUUAUCUCUAGAUUAUAAAGAAGAUGAAGACACCAGGCAGCGCUCUUCAGAAGAAAACUUACUUACCUGUACUGUACAUCCAGGACUUCACAAUGCAAAGCCCUCAAAUAAUUCCCCCAAGAAUGAGGAACUUUCUAAUGACCAAUCACAGAUUAACCCAAGUCCAAAUCUAUCAUAUAAUCAUCCUAAUCAUGAGAUAUCUUCUCCUGACCAAUCACAGAUUAUUACCCCAAAUAUAGGGCAGAAACGGGGAAAAAGGUUUAAUUGUGAGAAACGUGGAAAAAAGUUCAGAUAUAAGUCAGAGCUUUCUGUAAACAGCAGUAGUCACACAGAAGAGAAGUCCUAUUCAUGUUCAGAAUGUGGAAAAUGUUUUCCCAUAAAGUCCAGGCUUGAUCGACACAAAAAGAUUCACAUAGGAGAGAAGCCAUAUUUCUGUUCAGAAUGUGGAAAAUUCUUUACCGAGAAAUCAAGCCUUGAUGUACAUAAAAGAAUUCACACAGGAGAAAAUCUAUAUUCAUGUUCAGAAUGUGGGAAAUGUUUCACAGAUAAAAAAGUUCUUACUAGACAUCUCCAAACUCACACAGGAGAGAAGCCGUAUGCAUGUUCAGAAUGUGGGAAACGCUUUAUAAGGCAAUCAAGCCUUGAUAUACAUAAAACAAUUCACACAGGAGAGAAGCCAUAUUCAUGUUCCGAAUGUGGGAAAUGCUUUAUCCAGAAAUCAAGCCUUAAUGUACAUAAAAUAAGUCACACAGGACAGAAGAUAUAUGGAUGUUCAGAAUGUGAGAAAUGUUAUACCUCUAAAGCAAGCCUUGAUAUACAUAAAAGAAUUCACACAGGAGAGAAGCCAUAUUCAUGUUCAGAGUGUGGUAUAGGUUUUAUGGAUAAAAUACGUCUGGCUACACAUCAGAGGAAUCACACAGGAGAGAAGCCAUUUUCAUGUUCAGAAUGUGGGAAAUGCUUAAGCACAAAAUCAAGCCUCGAUGUACAUAAAAGAAUUCACACAGGAGAGAAGCCAUUUUCAUGUUCAGAAUGUGGGAAAUGCUUUAACCAGCAAUCAAGCCUUGAUCGACAUAAAAUGAUUCACACAGGAGAGAAGCCACAUUCAUGUUCAGAAUGUGAGAAAUGUUUCAUAGAUAAAAAAUGUCUUAUUACACAUCUCAGAAUUCACACAGGAGAGAAGCCAUAUUCAUGUUCAGAAUGUGGGAAAGGCUUUAGCAAGAAAUUAGGCCUUGAUCUACAUAAUAGAAUUCACACAGGAGAGAAGCCAUAUUCCUGUUCAGAAUGUGGGAAAUGCUUUAGCCACAAAUACAGCCUUGAUGUACAUAAAAGAACUCACACAGGAGAGAAGCCAUAUUCAUGUUCAGAGUGUGGGAAAUACUUUUACUGGAAAUUAAGUAUGGAACGACAUAAGAGAAUCCACACAGGAGAGAAGACAUGUUGAUGUUUUUUUAUAAGAAUAGUGUUUUACAAAGAAAUUUGUCUUUCAAACUUGCAGACUUAUGUGUUCAUUUUACCUCAUUGUGCUAAUAUUGUAUAUGAGU